AUGAGCUCUCAAGCCUCGUCAUUGAUCACCGAGCCCGUGUUCUCCCCAUCCGACUCCGUACACACGCCAGACAACGAGCAUCAAGUCUCGGUUAUCAGUUCGCGCCCGCGGCCCCAAUGCUGGGACCACGGCUGCAACGGCCGAAAAUUUUCCACAUUUAGCAACCUUCUUCGACACCAGCGCGAGAAGUCAGGAAGAUUUGCCAAGGCUGAGUGCCCGAUCUGCGGAGCCUUUUUCACACGGAUGACAGCACGAAACUCCCACGUUGCGCGGGGCAAGUGUAAAGGGACCGGGCGCGAAUCAUCCACGGAGUAA